CCAGUAGCUGAGGGAGAGGCAGAGAGCAGCUUAUAAGCACUACGUACAGUAGUGACCCAGCCAUGGCGAAGAAAGUCGCUGUGCUCGCCACGCUCCUCACUCUGAACCUCCUCUUCUUCACCUUCGCGGACGCCUGCGGCUGCAAGUGCGGCUCCUGCCCUAGUCCAGGCGGGGGCGGCGGUGGCGGCAGCGGUGGGGGCGGCAGCGGCGGUGGAGGCAGCGGCGGAGGAGGCAGCGGUGGGGGCGGCAGCGGCGGUGGAAGCGGUGGCGGCAGCGGUGGAGGAGGCAGCGGCGGAGGAGGUAGCGGUGGGGGCGGCAGCGGUGGCGGCGGCAGCGGUGGAGGCGGGAGCGGAGGGGGAGGAGGCAGCGGUGGUGGAGGAGGCGGCGGCGUGAGCGGGCAGUGCCCGAUCGACGCGCUGAAGCUUGGAGUGUGCGCGAACGUGCUGAGCGGGCUGAUCAACGUGACCCUGGGGACGCCGCCGAGGACGCCGUGCUGCAGUCUGAUCCAGGGGCUGGCGGACCUGGAGGCGGCAGUGUGCCUGUGCACGGCGCUGCGCGCCAACAUUCUGGGCAUCAACCUCAACCUGCCCAUCAACCUCAGCCUCCUCGUCAACUACUGCGGCAGGCGCGUCCCCACAGGCUUCCAGUGCACCUGAUCUCAUCUCAUAUGAUCCAUAUAUAUGCACGCACGCGCGCAUGAAGGAUAUAUUACUUUGAAUAAGUGUUUGCUUUGUUGUUAAUCAUCCUGUCCUCUGUGUGUGAUCGAUCGUGUCGAGAGGGGACGCGACCUCUACCUAUCUAUUCUAUAUAUAAAAAAAAGUGAUGGCUAGCUACGGAAGUUAUUUAGCAUGUGUACGUGUGGCUAGCUCAGUGGCUCCAAUGUCGGUAUGAUCAUGUACGUAUAACCAACACAUAUAUACAUGUCGAUCAUGCAUGAUGUACUUGUGA